GUCAAUCACCGCAAAAUAAAAUGGUGUGUUAUUUCCUGUUGUACGUCCUGCGUACGUUCUGCCGUCCACGACUACACUAAAGUAAAGACAAAACCUCUCACUGCUGUUGCUUUAAUGGCAGUCAGAGUUAAGGUUACUCCACUGAAGAGAAAACUGCUUGGUGAGGUACUGUAAGUCAACACACCUUUACCCAGGAGGUGCAUCAGGUCUCGGGAAGACCAUGCAGGUCACUGGAUUGGCUGUUGCAUUGGGACUGACCACUGGGUACCUCUUUGGUGGCCUAGCAACUGAAGUGAUGAAGCUCCUGGGCUUGGCAGUCACCUCGCCAUGGUUACAGGAGAUGACAGGCAUCCCUGAGGACGAUCAGUGUGGCUGCCUGGUAGCAGCGUUCCACAUGGGCACCAUUGCAGUGGGGUUUGCAUUUUUACUGGCUAGCCUGGUGGGACCCUUUGCCUACAGGGUUCUGAGGAACCAGAGAGGAGCGAUGUCCAGAGUGAAAGCCUUGUGCCUGGCUGCUACAGCAGCUCUUCUGAGUCUCACGGUCGCUGGGGCCACUCUAGGAGCCAUAGAGGGCAAAAUGGCUGAAAUCCUGUUCUACGCUUUAAUAUAUUUCCUAAUCCCUCUGUUUCAAAUGUUGUGUCAUAUAAUGUUUCUUACUUUUAUGCGUUUUUGUGAAUUCAAUCAUCUUGUCCAAAGUACCAUCCUUGCGCUAUUUGCUGUGUUUUAUCCAAGUGCCUUAAUGUGUGUUUUCGUUAUAAUGGAAUUAGGACCUGGUGUAUGCCUGUCAAUAGUCAUACUGUUAGCUGCACUGCACUUUUUGCUUAUCUGCCAUGUCUCUUCAGGUACAAACUGCAUCCCUUGCUUUAGUCUGUUGCUUACCAUGCUAAUAGCCAGAAAUAUUUUACACAAUGGAAGGUUUGUGUCCAUUGGCCCACAUGAGAACAUGACAGUGAGCACACACAUAGCUGACGCCAUCUUCACAGGCAUGAUGGGCACACACCUGUUUGCUGUGGGAGUUGGGGCGAUGCUGCUCUUAUCAUUGGGAGUCAGGGAGGAGGGCAGUUUGGUGUCUGGGGCAGGGGCAGUGGCUGGCGGAGGGGUGGUUUUUGAGGCAGUUAGGAGGGUCCCUGUCCUGCUCGGGACAUGGGGCACAUUAGGGGCGCUGCUGGGGGUAUCAGGGGCAGUAGGUGUAGCUCUAUCUGCAGCAGGGGUAGCUGCUCAGAGGUAUGGAGGAGUGGUAGAAGAAAGGGAUAGAAGUACAGGAGGGAUGGAAGAGAGGGAGGGGGGUGGAGGAGAAGCUUUGAUACAUGGAGGAGGGAGAGAUAGAGAGGGAGAAGAGAGAUGUGUAGACGAAGGAGAGAGAGAUAGAAGUGGAGGAAAAGAAGAUGAACAGGGUCAUGUAGAAGUGAUAAAACAGAGGGAUAGCAGCAACAGAGGAGAAAUGAUCCGACAGAGAGGAGAAAGAGAAAGAGGGGGAGGACAGAGACAAGGAGAUGAGGAGAAGAGAGGGGAGAGAGAUGGCGACGAAGAAGGGCAAAAUGGAAUUGUAUUAGGAGUGCAUUUCAUUCUACGAUUACCCCUGAUGUACAUGGGAACUGUAAUGGCCAUGCCAGUGAUGGUUUUGGUAAUGGCACUGUUUGACGCCCACAUCUUGGUGCUGUGGACGCUGGGGUCAGCCAUCUGGAUGCGCGGCUUCCUCUCUCUCCUGAGUCGGCAGCAUAAAAACCCCAGCGUGAGGCAGAGAGGGUGGCGCUGGUGGCUGAGGAGGGCAAGAGGGCGGCUGGUAAGCGUGGUGAAGCAGUACAGCAGAGCAGUCCGGGUGGCUGGCAGACGAGGGCUGCUGGGGAGAGUCAUGGUGGCUCUAGGGGCGGCAGUAGGAGCUUCUCUGUCUGCAGGAGGUCAGAGGUCAGGACUGGAGGAGGUCAGGGGUCAGGACUGGAGAUUCAAGGCUUUUGUGGCCGUCUGUGCCGCAGUUAUUCCACUGACAGGUUACAGAGCUGUGGAAAAGCCAUCUAAACCAGCUUCUGGGCCGACUGAUCACAUGUUUCAUGAUUCUCUUUGAAUGCUUUUUUUUGCAUUUCAGCACAGUUGCUUGGUGGGAUUGUUUUAUAAUGUACUGGAAGUCUGUGGCAGUUGGAGGUGAAAUGAUCUUCAUAUGUUGACAUUUGGGUUUGUCACUAUGUGGCAUACUGGGCAUUGUGAACUAAUAUAUUGUGUCUUCUUUCUCCAUGUGUCAAUAUUCAAACCCACAAAAACCUUUGGGACAGUUACAGCAUCAAAAAUAAAUGAUCUUCUCCAGCUCUC